ACCGUCGCUGGACCGCUGUAUCCCCUUUCCUUACCCUCAGUUCCUCUCCACCAUGGCACUGCGAAAAGCUAAUACCUCUGAACUUGCUGAUUCUGCUAUCUCAUCUUCUAUCGUCUUACCUGUUGUCAGGCUCUCACAUCACACUACUCGGUUUCUUCCCAUUGUCUCGAUUCAGAUGCUUUCAGUUUUGAUUCUGCUUGAGCAGCCUUGGCAGGAACAGAGUUGGCGAGGAUGCUGAGAGGAGGUUAAUUAUUGCCUUCAGGUUUCUGUACCCUUUUUCACAAAGCAUCGACAUUUCCGUCAUUCCUACCUCAAAAUCAGUUACCUCUUGAAUGCUCUGGGCUAGUAUCUCAAAUCAGGUUUGUUCUCUUCGUCAAUUUCAUUCUCCGUUGCUUUUCCUUUUCCCUGUGGUUUCAAUUUGGUUUUGGAUCUGUACCUUUACUGUGCUUGUUUGGUUGCCAGAAAAAGGAGAAAGUUUUCUUUCCCUCACUAUGAUGUAGGACAGCAAGACUGUCAGAUUUGUAAGGUGUUUCUUGGUUAAGAUGAAAAUCUUAUUGUUUUAUUCAUAAUGAAAAGGUUUGUUCCCAUAAGUGGUACUCUCAACAAUCUUGGUCAUUGGUUAUUUUGAAGGACUUGCCAAUUUAGUUGAGUUAAUAUUGGUCAAAUCAAAUGCAAAUUGAUUAAGGGAUUAGCUUAUUGAGUCUUUGGUUGAACCAGCCAGUCCAGUUUGGCUCUGACUCUGAUGGAUACUGAUGGAUAUUUUGAUAUGUAAUAAUAUGAAAAAUAUCAUGUGCAAUGAACACAUUUUAGAAGUAACAGGAACAUUAUCACAUUAUAUUGAGUGGAGGCUUUGGAUGAUGAGAAAUCAAGUUCUUUUCUUGUUCAUAUUUCACUUAAAUAUUUAUCUUCAAUCUUUUCAGUUGUUAAAAACCAAUCCUUCAUCCAAAAAGAGGCACUUUAGAAGGGAUUUAGCCAUCAUUUAUCUUUUUUCCUUAUUCCUUAUUUCUUUCAUUUUUUUCAAAAUAGGAAUGUUAAUAUUCAAUUCAAUUUAUGGAUUUUUGAAAUUUAGCAGAAUGUUUUAGCAUCAUUAGUAAUCAACAGGGGUUCACUAUGCUCUUAAUUUGUUUGAAAUUCAAAUUUGAAGUUGUAAGUGUGAGCUAUCUUCUCUUAUGGUUCAAUUGUUUGAUUAACAUUCUCAAUGGCAGAUCUCACUACUAAUCAUGAUUAAAUUGUUGAAUUAGCU